GGAGAAAGAGGAGCGUGAGAGUUUGAGAGAGAGAGGAGAGGGGAAUUAAUCGCGUGCGGCGUGUCCCUUUUUCGUUCCAACGUUUUUUUUUUCGUUUGUUUUUUAAGCUGAUAUCAUUUUUUGAAUUUGGGUAUACGGCGGUACCCCAUGUACCCCUCUGGCUGGAUCCACCAUUGGGUCGGACCGCGAGCAAAUUUUUUUUGCCCAAACUUGUCCAAAAUCGAGCGGAGCCCACAGACCGAGCUGAUUUGAUCAGCUUUAUCUGAUCUCACCACUUAACUUUUUACACAUUCAAAAAUGGUUUAACCACGUUUUUGAAGCUUCUAUGAACUUCAAUGUUCUAAUAAUGUUAAUGGGAACUCUUCAAUAGAAAAAGAAAACAUAGAAAAAAACAUCUGUUGCGCGAGUGGACAGGAGUGACGACUGUAAAUUCAGCUAGUGAGUCAACAACCCAAAAGACAAACAACAAAAAAAAAAAAAAAAAAAAAAAAACCGUCCGUUGUUUUCAACUUCCCAUCUCUCAAGUUAUCUGUUUUUCUAGGAAUCUCUCUCUUUUGAAUGAUCAAUCAAAGCAUCAAAAAAAUCUGAUCUUGGAUAUCAAUUCCUAAAUCCAAGCUUUAUUCUUUCUCCCAAAAUUCAGUUUCUUUGCAAAACUUUAACUGUACUUUACACCAAAAAGUACUAGUAGAAAGUAGAAACUCAAACUCAAUCAAUUGCAAAAUCAUCAACAAUUUUAUUCCUGGAUUAUUCUUUUGUAAAAUCUUGCCAAAAAGAGCACAAAUAUGGGUUGUUGUGCAAGUAGAAGCAAAGUUUCACAAGGGAAAAUCAAUGGGCUUAGAUCAGAGAAAAGGGAAAAUAGUUCAGCAACAACUUCAAGCAACCCACAAAAUUUUCAACAACAUCAGCCACAACAAUGGCAACAUCAUCAACAACAACAACCACCACAGCAACAAAGGCAGCAAAUUGUUGUUGAACAACAAAAACCAAAUACCCAAUUCACCCAACAACAACAACAACAACAACAACAACAACAACAACAACAACAACAACAACAACAACAACAACAAAGGUAUAAUCAACCUCAAUCCCAACAACCCAAUUCCCAAUUUAAGCCAUUAGAGCCAAAACCUAGGCUUUUAAUUGCUGCCCCACCUCCUGAUACUAUAUUGGGUAAACCAUAUGAAGAUAUUAGGUCAAAUUAUAGACUUGGGAAAGAAUUGGGUAGGGGUCAAUUUGGGAUUACUUAUUUGUGUACUGAGAAUUCAACUGGGCAAACUUAUGCUUGUAAAUCAAUUUUGAAGAGGAAAUUGGUGACUAGUGCUGAUAAAGAGGAUAUUAAGAGAGAGAUUCAGAUAUUGCAGCAUUUAUCAGGGCAGCCUAAUAUUGUGGAAUUUAAGGGUGUUUAUGAGGAUAGGCAAUCUGUUCAUGUGGUGAUGGAACUUUGUGCUGGUGGGGAGUUGUUUGAUAGGAUUAUUGCUCAGGGGCAUUACUCAGAGCGAGCCGCCGCUUCAAUUUGUAGGCAGAUUGUGAAGGUUGUUCAGAUUUGCAACUUUAUGGGUGUGUUACACCGUGAUCUUAAGCCCGAAAAUUUCUUAUUGUCUAGCAAGGAUGAAGGUGCAAUGCUGAAAGCCACUGAUUUUGGGUUGUCAGUAUUCAUUGAAGAAGGGAAGGUGUAUCGUGAUGUAGUGGGCAGUGCUUACUAUGUUGCUCCUGAAGUACUUCGGAGAAACUAUGGUAAGGAAAUCGAUAUAUGGAGUGCAGGAAUUAUGCUGUAUAUUCUGCUCAGUGGUGUCCCACCUUUUUGGGCUGAAAAUGAGAGAGGUAUAUUUGAUACCAUACUGAAAGGAGAACUUGACUUUGAAAGUGACCCAUGGCCAUCUAUAUCAAAAAGUGCAAAGGACCUUGUCAAGAAGAUGUUGAACCCGAAUCCAAAGAAGCGGAUCACCCCUGCAGAAGUUCUUGAUCAUCCUUGGAUGAGAGAAGGCGGAGAAGCGUCAGACAAGCCAAUAGAUAGUGCAGUGCUCUCUAGAAUGAAACAGUUUAGGGCAAUGAAUAAGCUCAAGAAGCUAGCUUUGAAGGUUAUUGCAGAAAAUAUGUCGGAGGAGGAUAUAAUGGGUUUUAAAGCCAUGUUUGCUAACAUGGAUACAGACAAGAGUGGUUCAAUAACAUAUGAUGAGCUUAAAAAAGGAUUGGCUCAACUUGGGUCAAAGCUUACUGAAGCUGAAGUCAAGCAACUUAUGGAAGCCGCCGAUGUUGAUGGAAAUGGGACAAUUGACUACACGGAAUUCAUAACUGCAACAAUGAAUCGACACAGAUUGGAAACAGAUGAAAAUCUAUCAAAAGCAUUUCGAUACUUUGACAAGGAUAAUAGUGGAUUCAUUACAAUGGAUGAACUGGAAGUUGCCAUGAUGGAAUAUGGAAUCGCUGAUGAAAGCAGCAUUAAGGAAAUUCUCUCUGAAGUCGAUACUGAUAACGAUGGGCGAAUCAACUACGAAGAAUUUUGCACUAUGAUGAGAAGUGGUACAACACAGCAAGUAAAACUGUUCUAGUUCCGGAAUCAGUUCAUAUAAGUAGGAAGGUUUUCCAUAGUCAGACUGGUAUCCUAGUGAUCAAAUUAUUUUAAGGCGGGAGCUGCAGAAACCUUGUCUACGGAAAAAAUUCACUCUGCAUUCGCAGAAAGUUUGAACAUAUGUGUAUAUGUACUUUCGUUCCAUAGAUUUUGUUUGUAUUUUAGGCCUUCUUUUCUGCAUUUCUGCUUGAAGCAGAGUAAUUUUGUACUUGUAUUUUAGAUAAACCAUCACAAUUCUUAAUAGUAAGUAAGAGCUUCUUGUCGUCUAAAUGAAGAAAUAGUUGUUCAAUUCUUUUGAAGAAGAAAACCAACAGAGGAUUAUAUUUUCCUUGGAUUAGUGAUGUUUUACCAAGGCUUUAA